GGGAGGUGCACAAACAUCGGCUGAAAUCCGUUUAUUUUCCUUUUGUUUUGUUACCAACAACAUCAUCAGCAACAUCAAUCGACGACGACCUGUCUCCACGUGAGGGAGGGAUUGUGUGCGAGUGUGUUGAGGGUGUCCGCGUGCGUUUGUGUGUGUCCGCGUGCGUUUGUGUGUGUGUGUGCAAAGUCUUCCGAGAACGUGACGAAACGUGGAAACCCGCUGAAAGUGACUUCGCGAAUAUCGAAUCAAUCAUAAUUUUGCUCGCCCAAAGGGACGACCUGUGAAGGCUCAAAGUCAGUCUGGUUGCAUCGUCGUUCGAGUGAAGAUUGUGAAGUCGUGAAUAGUUUAUUGUGGUGAUCGCCGCCAUCGUUCGGCAGCAGCCAUGGCGCAGAUGGGCCGUACGGCCGUCAAGAAUCUGGAGGCGCCGCGUCCGCUCAAGUCCACGCUGAAGCAAACGCACGUCCACGUUCCGGUGUACGAGGUUCAGUCGAUCGAGGAACUCAUCACGCUGACGGAAAAUGUGGCCGCCAGCCUGGACAACGGCUGCAACAACGCCGACGGUAUGAACGCACUGCUGGCGAACCUGCGCCUGCACGGUCCCCAGCUCGAGCUGGUCUCGAAGGACACGCUCGACCGGGCGUUCGUCAUCUUCCGCAACGCGUCCCAGGACGAACGGCUCAACAUCAUGACCCGGCUGAACCUGCUCGAACUGAUUGAGCUGCGGGCCAAAUCGUGGCAGGUUUCCGACGGCACGAACACGUACUACAAGCAUAAGGCCACCAAUGUUGAGCCCGACGAUCCUUCCUCGUUGUUGAGCACCUCCCCUCCCGGAAUGUCGCUCGGCGCACAGCAGCAGAUCAUUCCGUCGCUGUCGCCCGGCGAGCUGAUCCGCACCUCGGGCAAGUUCCCGAAGCCGACCAAGAUCCCCGGCAAGACGUACUGCAAAGACGAGAUUGUCAUCCGCAACGCUGAUUCCGGCAAAGUAAUGGGAAUCAAGGGACGUAGAGUUCACAUGAUUGAGGAAUUGAGCGAAACGGUUAUAUCGUUCCAAAGAGUCAAUCCUGGUGCAAAGGAACGUCUUGUGCAGAUUACCGGUCCCAACGAAGAUAAAAUCAACUACGCGAAGCAAUUGAUCGAAGACACAAUCCGUCGGAAUGCCUCUCCGGUGCGGCUGGAAACGUCCCAGGACGGGUCGUGCAGCUCGCUGGCCUCGUCCGCCUCGGACGACGGUAUGGUGGCGAUGCCCCGCCGCUCCGUCCCGGACUCCUCCUCCUCCUCCAGUGGCGUCGUCGUCCCCGGUGGAAACGUCCAACUCCAGCGGAUGAACUCGAUGGGCGGGGGAAACCCGAACGGUGGAUUCAUGUCGAGCCCGCAGGGUCCUCCGUCGGCCGCCGGCUUGAACCUGAACCUGAACAACAUGUACCAGCAGCAGCAGCAGCAGGUUCAACAGCAGCAGGCUCAACAGCAUCAGCAUCAGCAGUACACGCAUCCGAAGCUGGUGCGCAACGGCUCGCAGAACAAUGGCCAGGCGGGAAUGUUGCUGCACAGUUUCUCCCAGAACGACGCGUCGCUGGGCGAGUACAAGUACACGGUGAACGUGGGCCGGCACAGCAUCAAAAUCACCGGCGAUUGUUUCGACUUAGUGAGGGUCGCGAAGCUAGUGCUGGACGAUUACUUUAGCAGCAACGAGUUCCUGGCGUCGGUCGAGAUGGGUUCCAGCUUUGAUUUGCCCAGUUCGCUGGCCUCGCCGGUGACCCCGAUGGCUGGCCAGCAUCAGCUCAUAACCGGAUCGCCCUUCGUCGACAGUGGCGUGGGGUUGGACGCGAUGGCCAUCGGCGGCGGCGGCGGCAACUGCAUCGAGGUCGAUGACGACGUGUUUAUCGUGGAUCCGCCCACGCUGACGAGCUCCAGUUCGUCCAACUCGACGCUGGUCACGUCGACGCCGUCGUCCGCCAGCAACAACGGGCUGAGCCGCUCCCGACGGAGUCACUUUUCGCGCAAGGACAGCGCACCGGAGGGCAUUAAGGACGGCUCGAGGGACGAUUCUACGCCAGUGAGAAUCGUCCAUGAAUACGAACGCUUGAUCUACUACUCCAAAUCUCCCCACUCAUGGGCUCUGCCACGUGAUUGGCUGAAGAUAUGCGACAAGCUACCAUAUCUAGUACGAAAUAAGGACGUAAACGACGACAAGGGCCGCUUCAACGGGGACAAAUUUCUAGAGAUGAAGAAGCAGUCCACCCUGGAGGACGGCGGAACCGGCGGUGCCGGAGAUACUUCCGGCGAGUCGGCCGAGCGGGAUGAGGUGCCGCCUAGCUCGACCACACCGAAAACGACCACGGCUGACGGCGAAAGUGGUUCCGGAACGGCGAGCACGACGACUGCGACUGCGACUACGACGAUAGCCAGUGAAUCGAAGGAGGGCUGAUUUUGGCGGUCUUUUUCUUCUUCUUUGAAUUUUACGUGACGCGCAACUUCUAAUUAUAGAUUACGAUUAUCCGUUUUUUUGUUAUAUUUUCUGUAACAUUAACGAUUAGAAAGUGAGUAUGCAAGUGAGAGAAUGAGGAGGAGAUAGAGGAGAGAAGAGCAGCUGCUAACUAUUUACUGGAACCUUAACUAUUUAAUCCGCGUAGACGUUUAGUCGGAAGUGCUCUCCGAGUUUGGAGCAACAUUUCGAACCUUGAGCUUAACCCUUUAAAAUGGUUUCACUCUACAAAGUUGCCACCAAAUUAGGUGGCUUGAGAUGAAUUAACCAUACAAUAUUUCACAUCCCCCCAACAUGAGAUUAAUCGUAAAAAGUAAAAAGGGCCAUUUUUCAUGCAUUGAAAUUGUUUGAAAAAGGGUUCGACGAAAGUGAGAUCAUACACGUACUAAUCACCAAAAUACACACAUUUCAUAAUCAUCAAAAGAAACAAUCUCUCUUAGAAGUAGGAAAAACAACCAUCAAAUGUAUACCAUUUCGAUAAAAAAAAAGAAACAACUAAAUCAUUCUAAUCCCUUCUGCUAACCACCAAAUAAUGAUGCUGAAGCUGUGUAUUAAUCAAACAUCUAGUCUACCCAAGAGCAAAACAACAACCAAGAAACCAACCAACAAUCCUACAACAAUUGCUCCGAGAGAAAAGAAAUAAGAAAACAAUAGAUUUCGUUAUCCUCCCCUUCAAUUAAUUUGAAAAAAAAAACACUUUUCAAAGCGCACCCACACCAACAAACACACUGCUGUUGAUUUUGUUUUUUGGAAUUUAUAUUUGUUUUGAGUUUCGUUUUUUUUUUCUACAUUAAUUUUAUUUAUUACCAACCCCCGAACGUGAAUUGUUAUUUAAUUUUUCUGUUUAUAUUUAUUCGUAUUUAUGUAACCCCCUUUUCCCCUUAACAACAAAAACAGAUGUCUCCUCUCAAACACGAUUCAACAAAAAAAAAAACAUUAAA